CGAGGGUUGCCAACUUUUCAAGCGGCCACCGUAACUGCGCCUCUAACAGCGCCUUGCUGUACAGAUACAAGGAAGGGAUACUGCUGGGGAAAUAAAGCUACAGUUGUUCCUGCACUCCAUUUGGUAUUUGACUGCCACAAAACAGCUGCUUUUAGUUGCUCUCUUCUGCUGUUGGUUAAUAGAACAGACAUGAUAAAUACAAAGUAGGGAUACAACUCUGGUGAACAGGGACUUGUGCAAUAUGUUCUGUACUAAACUGAAAGACCUGAAGAUCACCGGCGAGUGUCCUUUCUCCCUACUGAGCCAAAGUGGCAUUUCAGAUGAAAAUGAGGAGGAAUGUGCUGAAGCACCAAAUAGUUCUAAGGCUCCUUUGCCAAUUUGCAAGGAGAAGGAAACUCAUGGGAACCUUCCACAAAGGAAAACCAGCAGGAGCAGGGUGUACCUGCACACUUUAGCUGAGAGCAUCUGCAAACUCAUCUCUCCAGAGUUUGAAAGGUUAUAUCUUGCAUUUCAAAGAACACUAGCAAAUAAUAAAAUAAAAGAAAUCAGGAAUUUUGGGGAUAAAGAAGACUUUGAAAAGCUAAUCAUUGAUCAUGCAAAUGUGGCAGGGGUCCCAGUAAACAUUAUAAAGGAAUCGCUUGGUGAAGAACUUUUCAAGAUAUGUUACGAAGAAGAUGAACACAUCCUAGGAGUUGUCGGAGGGACUCUCAAAGACUUUUUGAAUAGUUUCAGUACUCUUCUGAAGCAGAGUGUCCACUGCCACGAAGCAGAAAAAAGGGGUAGACUUGAAGAGGUCUCCAUACUAUGCUUGGAAAAAGACCCAGACUACUUAAAUGUGUACUAUUUCUUUCCCAAGAAAACAACUAGCCUCAUCUUGCCUGGCAUUAUAAAGGCAGCAGCUCACAUUUUGUAUGAAACAGAGGUGGAAGUGAUGGCAAUGCCCCCCUGCUUCUGCAAAGACAGCACUGAGUUUAUUAACCAGCCAUAUUUGUUGUACUCUGUACGAGUCAAAAGUGCAAAACCAUCCUUAUCACCGUGUAAACCUCAGUCUUCUCUCGUAAUUCCUGCUUCUAUGUUUUGCAAGACAUUUCCAUUUCACUGCAUGUUUGACAAGGAUAUGGUUAUUCUACAAAUUGGCAAUGGUAUAAGAAGACUGUUAAACAGGAGAGAAUUUCAAGCAAAGCCAAACUUUGAUGAGUGGUUUGAAAUCCUGGCCCCUAAAAUUAAUUGCACAUUUAGUGGGAUCAUGACAAUGCUGAACAUGCAGUUUACUAUAAGGGUGAGACGAGGGGACAACACUCUAAAAAAGUCAACAGGGGUUAUGGACCUUAAAGGACAGAUGAUCUACAUUUUUGAGUCUAGUGCCAUUUUGUUCUUGGGAUCUCCCUGUGUGGAUAGACUAGAAGACUUUACAGGACGUGGCUUAUAUCUUUCAGAUAUUCCAAUUCAUAAUGCACUUAGGGAUGUUGUUUUAAUAGGAGAACAAGCCAGAGCUCAAGAUGGACUGAAGAAAAGGCUAGGGAAGCUUAAAGCUACUCUUGAGCAAGCACAUCAAGCUCUUGAAGAGGAGAAAAAGAAAACAGUAGAUCUUCUGUGCUCUAUUUUUCCUGGGGAAGUCGCACAGCAGCUUUGGCAGGGACAAGUUGUGCAGGCCAAGAAAUUUAACAAUGUCACAAUGCUUUUUUCUGACAUUGUAGGAUUCACUGCAAUCUGUUCCCAGUGUUCACCUAUGCAGGUUAUCACCAUGCUUAAUGAGCUCUACACUCGCUUUGAUUACCAGUGUGGAGAGCUGGAUGUCUACAAGGUAGAAACCAUUGGAGAUGCAUACUGUGUGGCUGGAGGCUUGCACAAAGAAAGUGAGACCCAUGCCAUUCAGAUUGCAUUGAUGGCACUGAAGAUGAUGGAGCUGUCCGAUGAAGUGAUGUCUCCACAUGGAGAGCCCAUCAAGAUGCGUAUAGGCCUUCAUUCUGGUUCUGUCUUUGCUGGUGUCGUUGGUGUUCAAAUGCCACGAUAUUGUUUAUUUGGAAACAAUGUAACACUUGCCAACAAGUUUGAAUCUUGCAGUGUCCCUAGGAAAAUAAAUGUCAGCCCAACAACCUACAGGUUGCUAAAGGAUUACCCAGGCUUUGUAUUUACUCCUCGUUCAAGGCAGGAUCUUCCUCCCAACUUUCCAAGUGAUAUUCCUGGGAUCUGUUAUUUUCUUGAUGCUUAUCUUCAAGGAACCAAUUCAAAGCCCUGGUUUCAAAAGAAAGACGCUGAAGAUGGAAAAACAAAUUUCUUGGGGACGCCAACAGGAGUAGACUAGAUUUGUGCUUGUUUGCAUUUUUGGGAUAAAAUGUGUUAAUAUUAUGAAAUUUGUAUGAACUGAAAACUUAACAAAAGGAAGAAAAAAAGAAAGAAACAUGAUUGCACUUUAGCUUGUAAACACCUGAAAGCCAGUAUUAGAAUUUCAAAAAGUACAUACAUAUUACUUUGAAUGUUUAUUUUACAUAAGAAUAGCAGUUUGGAAAUGGGAGAAGCAGGAGCAGGGCAGAUUAGUCACCCAGCAUGUAACAAUAGAAGGAGAAAGCUGAGCUCUUUUCCUUCCAGCAAAGGACUAUUUUGCUAAGGGUGGGUCUGGUUAGAACUCCAUGCUCUCUGGAUGCCCUUUACACCUCUUCAGCCUUCUCAGCUUUUAGAAAUAGCUUCAGGAGGGUCCCUUCAACCUUCUAAACAGAACCAAGUUGCUUGGCAUAUGAGCAGCGUAAGACGUAGCCUGUGUGUCCAGCUCCUAGUGCACAGAAGUGGUACAUUCACACACUGUAUGAGCUGAAUACCAGUUGAAUACCAAUUGCUAUUACAAUUAAGUUUUCUUAAUGAUUUCCUCAGGCUGUUAUCACUGAUGUAGAAACAGUGAUCCUGAUUGGGAUUGCUGGGAGGGAAAAAGCUUUAGUCUCCCCCAGCAUUCUCAUCUAGUGUGUGUGUGUGUGUGUGUGUGUGUGUGUGUGUGUGUGUGCAUAUGCAUUCGACCCCCAACCCACCACCAGGCACUAAAUAUGGCCAUUGAGGCUGGAAAAGUUGCUGAGCCCUGCAUUAGGGGGCAAAAGCAGCCACAAAUUAUUGUUAGUGUAUGUCGUUGUCAUUGCUUUCUUACUAAAAAAAACAAGAGCCUACAUAAACAUUUCACAUUACACUCACCAUGUGAGUACUCUUGCCUAUUAAGAAUUCUGAAGGCUUCCCCAGCAAUAGGCAAGGAAAGCCAGGAGAGACAAAAAUCAUGAGGACAUUGUAGAAGGAGCUGCUAGUUGCCUUAGCUCAAACAUAGUUUAUCUCACUUUAUCUCUGUAGUGACCAAUUUUCCCUAAGAGUUUGGAGAGAUAGAACCAGGCCUGACCCUGGUUCAUCUAGCAAUGUGGAAUGGAAGAGCAAUGCACUUUGUUAAAGUGCUGAAUUCAGAUGUGUAUCAAAUCUGGAAUCCAGCCCCUUACAUGGCAGGGGCAUGGUGGCCUUACAGAUCCUAGAUAGUUGCCUGAAGUGGGGAGCUGGGAUGAGACAACAGGUAGAGUCUUUCAAAGAUGGGGAAAGGUGCUGGUCUUGUCUAGUCUGUUUGGUUUGAUAGUUGGAGGCAAAAACAUAAGCAAUUUCAAUUACUGAGCUUUGCAAACCCUGGAAUGUAUUUUGGUGUUUUUUUUUAACAAAAAAAAUCCAUUAAUUUCCAUUUAUAGUCCAUUAUUGCUACGCUAACAGUUUUAUAUUUGUAAUAAUCUUAAACAAAAUUAACAGAAAAUUAAAGUAACCGAUUACAAUAUUUUAAAAUAAUCUGAACCUCACCUUAAUUCUUCCAGCACCAUAAUUCUAUGUACUUUGUUAUGUGGUGGAUUUUCACAUAAUAGUGCAGUGUGCAUUCACAGCGAACAACAUUCACAUUGCAUGCAUGCACAGUGCACUACAGACCUUGUCCCAGCCCCUAUGCCUUAUUGCAAAUGUGUGCACUGUAACAACUCAUGCAUUUAACACCCCAAAUGUUUUGUCUUUGCAUCCUCAAGUUCUUGCAAUCAGCCAAGAGGGUGUAAUUCUGGUCAGAACUGGAAAAUACUGGUCAAUUUGCAGCCUGACCCAGGAGGGUAUUUCUUUUCAGGAACUUUUAUCUCUCCCAUCAACAAUCACUCCAGAGUCUUUGGCCAUAGCUAGACCUAAGGUUUAUCACUGGGCCAUCCAGGGGUCAAACCUGUUCAUCUAAGUGACACACAGGGGAUCCAGUGCUCAGGCAGGGGCGAACCCUGGAUGAUCCCAGGAUAAACCUUAGGUCUAGCUGUGGCCUUUGUCUCUCUCAGGUUCUCUGUCUCUCUUCUGGCUCAUGUAGAAGCCAUCCAUGAAUAAGAAUGCCAUAUGGAUUUUUGUUCCAUAUAUACAAAUCAUAGCUGGAAAGUCAUAAGGUGGCCAGAACUGUCCUAAAAUCUGCACAUCCUGUAUCGGUGCACGGUUGCAUCAGUUACUGUAGGUAAAAAAUUGCUAAGCAGGGUGAAACAUUUCCUGGAAAGUGCAUAACACAAGAAGAGCACAGCUGGAUCAGACCAGAAGCCUUACCUAGUCCAGCAUUCUGUUCCUUCAGUGGCCAACUAGAUGCCUGUAGAAAGCACACAAGCAGAACAAGAGCACAAGAGGACUCUCCUAGUUCUGUUUCCCAGCAACUGGUAUUCAUAUUGUCUUAGAUAUGGGAAGUAAUACAUAGUCAUUAUGUCUAGUAGCCAUUGCCAUUCAUAAAUUUCUCUAAUCACCUUUUAAAGCUAUCUAUCACCAUAUUUUGUGGAAGCAAAUUCCAUUAUUCAGCUAUGGGGUAUGUGUCCUGAAUCGCCAUUCAGCUUCAUUAGAUGAUCCUUGGUUCUGUUAUUAUUGAAGCCACAGCAUACAUAAUUUUAUACACCCCUAUCAUGUCUUCCUUAACUUGCCUUUUUUCUAAGCUUAAAAAACAAAAACAUUAUAACAUUUCCUCUUGGGGAUUGCUUGAACAUUUUAGUGAUCCUUUUCUGUACUUUCUUCAGUUCUACAACAUCCUUGAGGCAUGACAAGAAUAGUACACAGCAUCUCAAGAGUGGCAACGCCACAGAUUUGUUUAAAAACGUAAUGAUAUUGGCAGUUUUAUUUUCAACUCCUUUCCUAAUGAUCCCCAAAAUGGAAUUUGCUUUUUUUACAGCAGCCAGACACGAGGUCAAUGUUUUAAUAAUCAAGAUACCUUUCCUGGUACUACAACCAAGAUACCUUUCCUGGUCAGUUACUGUUAGCUCAGACCACAUCAGCAUACAUAUGAAGCUAGGUGGGGGUCUCCUCAGUGUGCAUUACCUUAUGCUUUCUUAUAUUGCUCAUAUUUGCCAUUUUAAUCUGUUUCCCUAGUUUAUAGGGAUCCUUUUGGAGUUCUUCACUAUCCCUUUUUAUUUGAACUACUGUAAAUAAUUUAAUAUCAUCUUCAAACUGGGGCACCGCUUCCCUAACUCCAGGUCAUUUAUGGACCAGUUAAAAAGCUCUGGGCCCAAUGUAGCUUCAUUGGGGACCCCACUGUUUACAUCCCUCCAUUGCGAAAAUGAUCUAAUCUCUGCUUUCUGUUCUGUAAGUACUUAAUCCAAAAGAGGAUCUUUCCUCUUAUCCCAUGACUGCUGCAUUUGCUCAGGAAUGUUUGCCGAAAGACUUGUUAAAAGACUUUUGAAAAUCCAAGUAACCAAGUUGUACUGGAUCCACAUGGUUGUACUGGAUCCACAUGAGUUCUCCCAAAGAACUCUAAAAGGUUACUGUGACAGGAUUUACUUUUGCAGAAGCCACACUUAUUCUCCUUGAACAAGACUGGUCUUUCUAUAUGCUUGAUAAUGUUAUCAUUAAUAAUGCUUUCCACCAAUUUACCCAGAACAGACUAAAUAGCCUGAAAUUUUCUAGAUCCCGACCCCAGCAUGGAUUUAUUUUUAAAUAAUUGUGCUACAUUGGCUACUUUCCAGUCUCUUGUUACAAAGCCUGAUCUUAGGGACCUGUUGCAUGUUUUUGUUAGAAAAUCAGCAAUUUCACCUUUAAGUUAUUUAAGAACUUUCAGACUGUUACCAUCUGGACCAGUGAUUUGUUUGUCGAUAAGAUUUAGAACGUCAUCACUUGUCACCAUUAUUUGCUUCAAUUCCUCAGGCUCUCUUGCUGAAAAUGUCACUUCAGGCACAAUCUCCUUAUUCUCCUUUAGCAUUUCUUUAAGUCCUUUAUUAUCCAACGGUCCAGACAUCUGUCUAGCAGUUUUCCUCCUUCAACUAUAUUUAAAGUUAUUUGUACUGUUAGAUGUAUAUUAUUAAUGGUAUGCACCUCAAAAUCCUUUUAACAUCCGUUAUUGUCUGCUUGCAUUUCUUUUGCGGAUGUUUGUGUUCCUUUUUGUUCUCUUCAUUUGUGCACCACUUCUAUUUUCUCAAAUAGCUUCCUUGAUAGUGAUAGUUAACCAUGCUGGUGACCUGUUGGAUUUGGUAGUAUCUUUCCUAAACUGUGGUAUAUAUUCAAACUUAAGCUUCUAUUAUUGUGUUUUUUGAGUAACCCUCAAGCAUUCUGGAGAGAUCUGGCACUCCUGAUUUUCUCUCUCAACUACUAUUUUUACCAGUGUCUUCAUUUUUUAGACGUUUCCUUGGCAAUUUUGGAUUUAGAUAUAAAUUAAAUCUGAUAGACCUGUGGUCACUCUUCCUAAUCUGUUCAACAACAACACUAGAUUGUGGGCACCAUAUAGGUUGCUACCACUCUGAUCGGUUCCAUGACCAGCUGUUCUAGGGCACAGUUGUUUAGGGUAUUUAGAAAUGAUACCUCUUCGUCAUAACCAGAAAAUGCAUUUAUCCAGUCUAUGUGAGGGUAACUGAGGUCACCAAUUAUUACAAUACUUUAGGCUUUGAAUACUUCCCUGAUUUUAUUCUCCAUCUCAAGAUUACAAUGAGAAUUUUGGUCAGGGUGAGAGGGCUUAGUAGAUGUUAAUGAGAUGUCAAGAUGCUAAACACUUCACUUAGGCUGCAAUCUUGUGCACACAUAUGCGGCAGUAAAUCCCAUUGAACUCAGUGGGACUUGCUUCUGGUUUAGACCAACAUAGGAUUGCUCUAUGAAUAUUAUUAUUACCUGUUUCCAGUGCUAGAAUACAGACUAUGCCACUUACUGCUUCCUGAAUUAUUUCACUGUUUAUAAGUUAAAUAUAUGUAAUAUAUUGUAUAAUCAAAUGCUAAAACCUCUGUAAUCAAACAACAUUUUAAUAACUUGAGUUAUAAAUCUUAUUCCAAGGGAAGUAAAUCUCCCAUUAUGUAUUAUAGCAAUACAUGUUUUCUUUGUUGAUAUUUAACUGUUUAGAUUAAAAAGUGUAAAGCAAACUGUUUCACAGUAUUAACCAUUUCUAAGCAGACGAUAUAAGAUUCAGCACUAAAACAUGAGUAAAUGAGAUGAGGUACAGAUUAUAUAUGUAUAUAUAGGCUUUGGAUACACUGUGGAUGUGUUUUGAUAUAUGAGUUUAAUAAAAGGAAAUAUAUUA